UUCUAAUUAAUUGAAGCUUAAACCCUAGACCCCAAAAUCUCCAAGCUGCCAUUUUUACUGAGACGUCUUCUCUCCGGCCUAAAAUUCCUUCGAAUUUCGCUACAAUCGUCAUGUACAGGAUCGGUGCAGCUGCCGUUGCUUCAUCAAUAAGGUCAUCUGCUUCGAGAAAUCUGAUUCGGAGUGGGGUUAUCUAUAGCAGAAAUUACGCUGCCAAGGAUGUUUGUUUCGGCGAUGGAGCUCGGGCAGCGAUGCUUGCCGGAGUUAAUGAGCUUGCCGAUGCUGUAAAAGUGACAAUGGGGCCGAAGGGUCGCAAUGUAAUUAUUGAGACAAAAGGAAACCCCAAGGUCACAAAGGAUGGUGUCACGGUAGCCAAAAGCAUUGAAUUUUCUGAUAAUGCCAAAAAUCUUGGAGCAAAUCUUGUGAAGCAGGUUGCGAAAGCAACUAAUAGUGUUGCUGGCGAUGGUACUACUUGUGCGACUGUCUUGGCUCAGGCAAUUUUCAGAGAAGGCUGCAAAUCAGUAGCUGCUGGUGUAAGUGUGAUGGACUUACGCAAGGGUAUAAACAUGGCUGUUGAGGCUGUUAUUGCUGACUUGAAGAGCAGAGCAAUCAUGAUUAGCACACCUGAAGAAAUUACACAGGUGGGCACGAUCUCUGCAAAUGGUGAGCGUGAGAUUGGUGAGCUCUUAGCUAGGGCUAUGGAGAAAGUUGGGAAGGAAGGCGUUAUUACCGUCUCUGACGGGAAUACCAUGGAUAAUGAAUUAGAAGUGGUAGAGGGGAUGAAGCUUGCCCGCGGAUACAUAUCACCUUAUUUUAUUACGGACUCAAAGACCCGGAAAUGUGAGCUUGAAAAUCCCUUGAUUCUAAUUCAUGAGAAGAAAAUUUCAGACAUGACUGCACUUGUGAGAGUUUUGGAGCUUGCUGUAAAGAGAAGUCGCCCUUUGCUAAUAGUUGCAGAAGAUGUGGAAAGUGAGGCACUUUCUAUGCUUAUAAUCAACAAACAUCGUGCAGGAUUAAAGGUUUGUGCUGUGAAAGCUCCUGGUUUUGGGGAUAACAAAAGAGCAAAUUUAGAAGAUCUUGCCAUUCUAACUGGAGCGGAGGUCAUUAGUGAAGAACAAGGAACGAGUCUAGAGAAAAUUCAGAUUGAUAUGCUUGGUUCUGCUAAACAGGUCACAGUAUCUCUUGAUGACACUUUAAUUCUACAUGGGGGUGGAGACAAGAAGUUGAUAGAGGAGAGGUGCGAGCAGUUAAGAACUGUCGUUGACAAGAGUAGUGCAAUGUUUGAUAAGGAGAAAGCACAAGAAAGAUUGUCAAAGUUGUCUGGUGGUGUUGCAGUAUUCAAGGUUGGAGGAGCUAGUGAAUCAGAAGUUGGAGAAAGGAAAGAUAGAGUGACGGAUGCUCUGAAUGCAACCAGGGCAGCUGUAGAAGAGGGCAUCAUUCCUGGGGGUGGUGUUGCCAUUUUGUAUGCCACGAGAAUUCUUAAAGAUCUGCAGACCAAGAAUGAAGAUGAAAAAAGAGGAGUCGAAAUAAUAGAGAAUGCUCUUAAGGCACCAACUUUGACCAUUGCCUCAAAUGCUGGUGCUGAUGCGGCACUAGUUAUUGGGAAACUAUUGGAACAGAAUGAUCCCAAUUUUGGCUAUGAUGCUGCUAAAGGUCAGUACGUUGACAUGGUGAAAGCUGGAAUCAUAGAUCCUGUAAAAGUUAUUAGAACAGCUUUGCAAGAUGCGGCCAGUGUCUCGUUGCUGUUGACCACAACUGAGGCAGCCGUUAUCGAUGCCCAAGGAACAGAAAACCCAUCUAAAAACCGCGUCCCAAAUAUGGAUGCUAUGUACUAAGUUGAUGUGCCAGAAACACCAAAUGAUGCAUUCAUUUAGCGAUGCAAGCAACCCAGGUCGAACACUGCUGGGAGUCAUUCUUACAAGAUGGCUUCAAUUCAUUGCUGUGGUGUUUGUCCACCUCUAUAUAUUUCUUCUUUUUUUUGAGACAUUUUGGUAGAUGAGAGUGGGGGUUAGGGGGUCAAUGUUCAUCCUUUGUAGUUAGAUGAACUUGAAAAACAGCCCCUUUGUGUUUUUCAGCAGGAAAUUACUACUUUACACAUUAUUGAAAUUUUUUUUGGGAUAUGGAAAAUGGUGAUGCACAUUAUAUCUGAA